AUGGAGGAGACAAGUGACUUAUAUGAUGUGUAUGAGACAGACAUCCACCCUGUCUGGACAGACCACCAGCAUCAGUCCCUGGAGGAUCCGGAGAGUGUGGAGUGUCUCAGAAGGAAGAUCAAAUAUUAUUUUAUGAACCCUUGUGAGAAGUACCAUGCUCGUGGCAGAAAACCAUGGAAACUAAUCCUGCAGAUUAUCAAAAUUGCCAUUAUUACUAUCCAGUUGGUGUCUUUUGGACUGAGCAACCAGAUGGUUGUCACAUUCAGGGAGGAAAAUCUGAUGACAUUCAAGCACCUCUUCCUGAAAGACUAUGUUGAUGGAAGUAUGGAUACGUAUGCUGUUUACAGACAGGCAGAUGUUUAUGAUCGCAUUGAUUAUGUCAUCAAACAGUUUGGACUUCUGCACAACAACACAGUGGGCAAUCACGAAUAUGAGAAAAACGGUACCAACUUCACCCCCCUGUCAAUGUGUCAGGACUUUUACAGAAACGGUACCCUCUAUCCUGGAAAUGAGACCUUUGAAAUUGAUGCACAUGUGGAUACUGAGUGUAUUAAAGUUUAUCCGAUGCGGUGGCAGGCCUCACGGGAAAAACUUCCUCAUUUUGAGUUGUAUUUCAGAAGGAUGCUCUCUGUCAGGAUCGAGUUCGUCCUCAAGGCCAUAAAUUUACAGACAGUGAGACAUCGAGAGCUGCCAGACUGCUACGACUUCAAAGUUAUUAUCACUUUUGAUAACCAAGCCCACAGCGGCAGGAUAAAGAUCGACCUGGAAAACGACGUGGAGAUCAAUGAAUGCGUAGAGUGGAAAGUAACUGGAGCGUCUGCUAGGAACAUCUUCCUGACUGUGCUGUUUGACUGCCUCAUCAUCGUAACGUGCAUCACUUCCUUCUGCCUCUGCACACGCUCAAUUCUCAAUGGGAUACAGCUGCAGUUUGAGUACACACUCUCCUGCAGGACGCACAGCGAUAAAGAAGUCCCAUGGUCAGACAGGUUGGAGUUUGUGAACGGCUGGUAUAUCCUCAUCAUUGUCAGUGACACACUGACCAUCAUCGGCUCCAUUCUCAAGAUAGAGAUCCAGACUAAGGCCCUCACGAGCUAUGACGUGUGCAGCAUCUUCCUUGGUACAGGCACCAUGUUCGUUUGGAUUGGGGUCAUCCGCUACAUGGGCUACUUUCGGAAAUACAACACCCUCAUCCUGACACUCAGGGCAGCUUUCCCAAAUGUAAUCCGUUUUAUCUGCUGUGCUGGAAUAAUCUAUCUGAGUUACUGUUUGUGUGGCUGGAUCGUCCUUGGACCGUAUCAUGAGAAGUUCCGGACCUUGAACACAGUGUCUGAGUGUCUGUUCUCGCUGAUCAAUGGAGACGACAUGUAUCCCACCUUUAAGAACAUGAAGCAAAAGAGCAGCCUGGUGUGGCUUUUCAGCAGGGUCUACCUCUAUACCUUUGUCUCGCUCUUCAUCUACAUGAUCCUCAGUCUUUUCAUCACACUCAUCACUGACACCUAUGACACUAUCAAGCAACAGCAGGAGAGUGGAAUACCAACGACAGAACUGCAAAGAUUCCUGUCAGUGUGUGAAGAUCUGCCAAAAUCAGGGGUAUUCAGACUCGACUCGAAGAACAACACCUGCUUCUUUAACUGCUGCAUGAGGUGCAGGAAGAAUGAAGAGGGGUUGACUUCAGAAGCAUAG